AUGCGGUCCGCGGACAUUUUGGGAGGUGUGCCAUUUAGCGUUGGAACGGCGCCUCCCCUUGUCAAUGCGUGGCACCUUGCCGGUUGGUAUGACCCAAGAUUUCCGAGAUUAGUUUCUCCAUCAUGUCAAAAAGUAGCUCGUUCCUGGCAAUGUAACGGGUACUUGGCAGAUGCCGAAUCAGGUCAACCCAUUCUUGUACGGAGCUUACAGCUCCUCACUGCCUAUCGCUUUGAGCCAUAG